GCGCGCCCACACCGGGCGCUGGGCGAUGACGUUUCCCACUGCCCUGCACACCUGUCUACAACAUGGCGGCUGCAGCCUUGCUCAGAGGGAGCCUUGGCCGAGCACUGAGAGCCUGUGGGCGGCCAGGGUCAGGGCGCAGUGUGUCAGGCUACAUCUCAAAAUGUUCGCCGCGAUCUAGGCAAAUUUCUCACCCUGCCCAGAGCAGUUUGGGUGCCAUAGCUUUCCGGAGAUAUACCACACAGACUGCAGAGAGCAAGGAGGAAGAGACUCUUCACAAAAUCAUCUCUGACACAGAAAAUGUGCAAGGUUCUUCCACUACUCAUGAGUUUCAGGCUGAAACAAAGAAGCUCCUGGAUAUUGUUGCUCGCUCCCUCUAUUCUGAGAAAGAGGUCUUUAUUCGCGAACUGAUCUCGAACAGCAGCGAUGCUCUUGAGAAGCUGCGUCAUAAGCUCAUGCAACAGGGGAGCGUCCUGCCUGAGAUGGAAGUUCACCUGCAGACAGACAGUGAUAAGGGGACACUCACUAUCCAGGACACCGGAGUGGGGAUGACACAGGAAGAACUAAUUUCUAACCUCGGAACUAUUGCCCGCUCCGGAUCCAAGGCAUUUCUGGAUGCCCUGCAGAACCAAGCAGACAGUGCCAGCAAGAUAAUCGGCCAGUUCGGUGUGGGCUUCUACUCUUCUUUCAUGGUGGCAGACAAGGUGGUAGUAUACUCUCAGUCUGCUGAGCCUGGCAGCCCUGGGUACUGCUGGUCUUCAGAUGGCUCUGGUGUCUUUGAGCUAGCAGAAGCCAGUGGGGUAAAGCCAGGGACAAAAAUUGUUAUCCAACUCAAAGAUGACUGCAAAGAGUUUUCUAAUGAGGAUCGUGUGAAAGAAGUGGUAACAAAAUACAGCAACUUUGUCAGUUUCCCCGUGUACCUGAAUGGCAAGCGGCUGAACACCCUGCAGGCUCUCUGGAUGAUGGAUCCUAAAGAAAUUAGUGAUUGGCAACAUGAAGAGUUCUAUCGCUUUAUCGCCCAGGCAUACGACAAACCGCGCUACACUCUGCAUUACAAGGCAGACGCACCACUCAACAUCCGUAGCAUCUUCUAUGUGCCAGAGAUGAAACCCUCCAUGUUUGACGUGAGCAGAGAACUGGGAUCCAGUGUGGCUCUCUAUAGUCGCAAGGUACUUAUCCAGACCAAAGCUGCUGACAUUUUACCGAAGUGGCUACGCUUCUUGCGAGGAGUUGUGGACAGCGAGGACAUUCCCCUGAACCUUAGUCGGGAACUGCUGCAGGAGAGCUCACUGAUCAGGAAACUGCGGGAUGUGCUGCAAAAACGGCUCGUCAAAUUCUUCAUUGAUCAGAGUAAGAAGGACCCAGAGAAAUACGCCAAAUUCUUUGAAGACUAUGGACUGUUUAUGCGAGAGGGAAUUGUGACCACAGCAGAGCAAGAGGUCAAGGAGGACAUUGGGAAGUUGCUGCGUUUUGAGUCGUCCGCACUGCCAGCAGGUCAGCAAACCAACCUCACGGAUUACGCUAGCCGCAUGCAACCUGGAACACGCAACAUCUACUAUCUGUGCGCUCCUAAUCGCCACCUUGCCGAGAACAGUCCUUACUAUGAGGCUAUGAAACAGAAAGAUACUGAGGUCCUGUUCUGUUAUGAGCAGUUUGAUGAGCUGACUCUGUUACAUUUGCGGGAAUUUGACCGGAAGAAGCUGAUCUCUGUGGAGACUGACAUAGUUGUGGAUCAUUACAAGGAGGAGACGUUUGAGGACAACAAACCAGCUGGAGAACGCUUGCUGGAGAAAGAAGCAGAAGACCUCAUCGCUUGGAUGAGAAAUGGCUUGGGGACCAGAGUAACCAAUAUCAAGGUAACACCACGCUUGGACACCCACCCAGCCAUGAUCACUGUUCUGGAGAUGGGAGCAGCUCGACAUUUCCUACGUACCCAACAACUUGCUAAAACCAGCGAGGAACGAGCUCAAAUCCUGCAGCCCACACUGGAAAUUAACACUGGCCACCCACUCAUUAAGAAGUUGGAGCAGCUGAAGGACUCUGACCAGGAACUGGCAAAGUUACUUCUGGAUCAGAUUUAUGAGAAUGCUAUGAUCGCUGCCGGCCUAAAUGAUGACCCCAGGCCCAUGGUUAGCCGCCUUAAUGAACUGUUGACCAAGGCGUUGGAAAAGCAUUGAUCCGUCUCUUUAGAAUUCAUCUACUUACUGCAUAUGAGCUUUGUUACUUGUACGAGCAAUCUUAGAGUCCUUCAAACUCUAACAUUCCCGGUUGUUUGGUACGGAGAUCCUCACCCUGUUGGCACGCUACAAUGUUUCCUAUGGAAAAAAGAGUUUAAUCAGAAUAUUGCUUACCUGCUCUGGAUCUCAAUCAAAUAUCGCUGCCCAAGUUAAUCUGUAUGACACACAUUGUUACCUCUGAGGCAGUAAUGGCUUGUGUUGCCUGUGUUGUGAAUACAUUUCCAAUGAUGCCAGACGACCUUUCAGGAAUUGUCGUCUGCAGAAGCAAAUGUUUGCCAUCACUUCUAUAUAUUGUGGCCGGUCCAACACUGAAACAGGACUACUAAAAUUGUACCUUCUAGUUUGUAUAGUGUCCAUAGAUACAUUGAUAAGUUCAAUAAUUAUUUUUGUUUUUUGUUUAUAAAUCUGUAUGGGACAAUUCAUACCCUCUUAAUGCUGAGCCAUCCACGUCAUACAAAACAUUGCUCACUCGUUGCUUUAGUAAUUAUAUGUUCUUUAGCAAUGGACAGUCGAUAACAAUACAAUUAUUUUGUACUGUCUAGUAUAAAUGAGUACAUUAUACAUGUUACUAAAGUUAGACAAUAAAGGUAAACGUGAAAAUA